AUGCGCCGGACAGGGAGCGGGGACGGAGAACAACCGCCCGCGAAGGCUGAGCGCCUGCGGCGCAACUCUCGCGAGAGAACGACCGCCUCGCCUACGCGCCUCACACCACACAGACAGAGCUCUCGCGAGAGCUGUGCCCGCGGGCCGCCGGGGGACCAGGAAGAGGAGAAGGAGAAGGCGAAUGAGGAGGAGGAGAGUGAGGAGCUGGAAGGCAACGUCUUUUGCCCUCCGCUGCUCUAUUACAGCCGUGAGCCGGCUGAGCCUCAGCGGCACCCAGCAGCGGCUGCCGCGGCGCAAUGGGAGCACGUCGAGGUCAGGAGAUCGCAGGAGAAAGACAAGGGCCAGAGUCCCCCGCGUCCCAGUGCCGGGCCCUCGUUGCUGCACCCCGCCAGCUCUCGACAGCUCCACAACACCCUGGGGCAGCUGCCGCUACUCAGGGCUUUGCUGGCGGAGCUGUCGGUGCUUACCUACAGCGCUGUGCCUGCUGCUGCUGUCCACCCACAUCUUGCCUGGCUUUACCAGGCCCCGGGGAGUGGUGGAAGGGCCUCACGGCCUCCCAGCCCCUCCGCUGCCCUCAAGCCUACAGAGGCACCUGUGAGGCCUGGUGGGAGCAGUGGAGCUGUGAGCCCCCGAUCCAAACAGGGCAGGCAAGAGGCCACCCCACCAGUAUCUUCUGGUGCUGGGAGAGGACCUAAGAAAGCUGUGCUCCAGGGACAGCCAGCUGCUGAAAGGAACUGCAAAGCUAAGGAGAACAGACCUCCCAGAAAAAAAUUGUUGUAUGGGCUGACAAAUACACUGAGGCUACGGCUGCAGCAGACCAACCCCGAUAAGCUGAUAAUUCAUGAAAGGAGGGAGAAGUACAGAAAAAAGCAAAUGGAGAUGCUGAAGGAGAGAAGUCCCUUACUCAACACAAAGCUGCUCAGAAAUGCCAGAGAACAGCAUGUGGUUUCUUGCAGGCAUUGUAGCAAGAGAGACAGUUCAAAGCGGAAUAAUCAGUUGGAUAAAACUGUCCAGACUUCAUUAGAAAACAGUGUUCUCUCAGAGUCCAUUUCUGUGACAGUAGAUGUGUCCCCAGACCUGCAGGAACAGACUAUUGCAAGUUUACGGAGGAACGAUGCAAUUGCAAGCAAGGAACAUCCAUGCAAAGUAACUACAACCCCCUUACCAGAGGAAACUGUGUUAAAAUCUGCUCAGGAGGAAAAGUAUGCAAAAGCUCAACUCCUAGCAGCGUUCCCAUCAGAUGCUAAUGCAAAGGGAAGUAAUGAGGAAGCAAUACACUUAAUCCAUCGUGAAACUACAGAGCAUGAUGACAUAUCUGUUAUAAGUGGUCAUAAACCCAGCCUCAGCAGGAGUGUUGAAAACAACUCUGAAUUCAUAUACUCGGAUGACUUUGUUGCUAGUCCUGAAAACACAGUUUAUUCCGAAGAUUUCACCAGUGCUGAGUGUACAGACUCAGAAGCUCUUGACAGCAGUCCUGAACCUCUGUGUCUUGAAAGCCCAAAGCAAGGUAGGUCAGAUACAGAGCCAGAAUCCUGCAGGUCUAGAAUUUCAAAGACAAGUCAAAAAGCUGAAAGUACUUCAGAUCUCGUGCCAGUUCCUUCAGCUUCAUCUCCAGUCCAGUCUUCAAGGAAAAACCGUGACUUUAAAACCAGCAAAAGAACUAGUGCUGAAUCCUCUGACUCACUUAACCUUGCUCAGAUGGAGGCAUCAUUAGAUGAAGAGGAGAAAGCCCAACAGAUCAGUAAGGAAGAGAACAGGGGUGAUCAACAUAUUAAACAAAUAUCAACAAGCAAACAAGUUAAAUCUGCUACUGAUCUGAAUAUAGGAAAGGGGCAGACCUCUGCAGAAGAAAAGAAGUCAGUAACUAAAGUUAACUCUUACUUGCCAUCUAACGUGUCUGAUCUUGAACUUAGUGUCCUGGAAAACAGUAUGUCAGACAAAAAGGAGGAUUUUCUGGAAAAACUACUUGCUCCUAAUCAGUACAAAGACAUUAGUGAACUUGUAAUAAACAAGCUCCCAGGAUACACAAUGUAAUUACAAGUUCUCACUGUCUGGAUUAAGAUAUGAUAUUUAAACUUUAUGAGGCCUGUUACAUGUAGCUGCAAUAGAUACAGGAUAAUUUAAGACUUUAUCAUGCACAUUUAACACAUCAGUGAAUUUAGUUAAGAGGUUUCUAAAAUAAACUACUAUUUGAAUCUCUGACAAAUGGCUCAAGUGGUACCUACAGCCUGACUUAAGUGUCUUAACACAAAAGUAAUCCAAACAGCACAGGGAACAUAACUUAUUGUCAAAGCAGAAAUGAAGACAGAAGCAGCAAAAGCAGUCAGUAGCCACAAAACUUGGCCAGGGUAGAAGUUAUGCAUUGCUACAGAAACAGCCAAGUACAAAAUUCCUUCUUAACCAAAUGAAUGACAAUACCUCCCCUAUUUAAAGUAUGAACAUCUGUGAGGAUUAUUCAAGUAUCUAGUGUUGACUUCUGAGAACACCACUACUAAUAUUUUUAAUCUAAAGGU